GGAGCAACAGUCGGGACUCCCACAGAGUUUUCACUCGAGCGCCGUAGUCAGUAUUAAUCGUCUUGUGGCCGCAAACAGACAAGACCGCGCGCAUUUCCCUCUUUUCUCAAAAUCUCUUCGUAUAGUUCGUCAGUUGGCAAUCAAUCUCCUUUGUGGUUUCAUCUGCUCCGGAAGUCUCUGGUGCUCUGUUUGAUCCGUAUAUCCCAUGAUUAGGAUGUAUGGCUUGGUAUCCUUAUACGACAUUUGAGUCCCGAUUAGGGGUGAUUGUGUGUCAAGGAAGGCAUUUUUAUUGGACAUCGUCAUUGAUUGGGAUUUUAUUUAUCGUGAACGAGUGUGUCUCAUUUUUGUGUGCUGUGACAUCAAUGGGCAAUUGAAAAGCUAUCAAAUAUUGUACGUUCGUGUGUGCUCUUUACAACCCAAAAAACGCGAUUUGAUUGCUUGGAAAAUAUUCCGACAUACCUGCAGUUGUCGUGACUGGAAGCAUUUCUCUCUAUCCCCCUCCUGUAAGAACACUCUCGCAGGAUUUUCCAUAUUUUUGGUGCCAGUGUUGAUUUUCUUGGCGAUGGGGGAGGAUAUCACACAUUAUUCAAAUGGAUGUAACGGCAAUGUGGAGCACCUUAACUGAGCGAGUGAUAAAUUUGUGGAAAAAUCGAGCACCAUGCAAUAUGGCCAGAAAUACCAAAGUAAAUGGAGUUUCACCAUCAGGAACAGAUGAUCCGAUGCAGGAGCAAGUCCUUAAUUAUCUCAGAAAUCAUCCAGAUUUUUUGGAACACUAUGUCAUGGAAGAGGUGGAAAUUGAGCAGCUGGAGCGAUGGAUGAUUCGUCGAAUUCAGCGCUCAAAGAAACAACCACAGCAACAACAAGCCCGCAAAACCAGUCUCUCCCGAUGGCGAUUUUGUGUGCAUGCCGAUAAAAGGCAGAUGCUUCAAGACCUAACACAUUCACUCCAGCUUCGCCCUACGCGAUCCCAUGUUUUGUGGGAGUUGGGUUCUUGCAUUUCAAGUGCCGUAGGCGCUGAUGGUUUCAGACUGUAUCUCGCGGACCCAGGAAGUCCAGAUGUACUUAGCCUGUAUCUCGGCCAUGAAACUCUGGCUGAGGACGGAGAACCACAACUGCACAAAGUUAAAUCUGGCCUCACAGUACCCACCUACGUGGCUAGGACCCGGGAACCCGUGCGUCUUUCACGUGGGGACAUAGAUGCUAGAUUUCCCGAAGGAAUUACCAACAAAGACACCGCACACAUUCUCUGCCAGGCUGUGGUACAGCCAGAUGGGCAGCUUGUAGCUGUUUUAGAGCUUUGGCGGCGUGAACAUGGGGCACCAUUCCAUGAGGAGGAUGAGGAGAUUGCUUAUAGUUAUUUGGUUUGGGGAGCUAUCGCCAUUCACUACGCCCAUCUAUUCUUAAAUAUGAACAAACAGCGGAGGCUCAAUGACUUCCUCCUUGCCGUUGUCAAAUCCAUCUUUCAGGACAUGGUGAGCAUGGACAUGUUAGUUAUGAAGGUGAUGAACUUUGCUCAGCGUCUCGUGGACGCAGACAGGGCAUCCCUAUUCCUGGUGGAUGCCAAAAGUAAGGAACUGUAUGCCACAAUUUUCGAUGUGGGCAAUAAUGGAGGGAGAUUGGAAAGCGGAGAGGAGCCUCGAGUACCAAGUAGCCCCAAAGAAAUUCGUUUCCCACUUGGCACGGGUAUUGCUGGUCAAGUGGCACUAACAGGAGAAGUUCUCAAUAUUACAGAUGCGUAUGCAGAUCAGCGCUUCAAUCGAUCAAUUGACCAACUAACUGGUUAUCGAACGGAAUCUAUUCUCUGCAUGCCCAUCUUCAUUCGUGGCAAUAUCAUUGGAGUAGUACAGAUGGUUAAUAAACAUUCAGGCUACUUCACCAAAGAGGACGAGGAAGCUUUUGAGACUUUUGCUGUAUAUUGCGGCUUAGCUCUGCAUCAUGCCAAGCUUUAUGACAAGAUUAGGCGUUCAGAGCAAAAAUACCGCGUGGCACUGGAAGUCCUAAGCUAUCACAAUACGUGCACAGAAGAGGAAGUGACUCAGUGCAUUGACCGAGAAGAAGAAACACGAUCUGAGAUUCUACAGAACUAUUACUUCAGCGCCUUUGAAUUUGAUGACUUCCACAAAGUACAGUUUGCCAUUAGCAUGUUCACGGAUCUCUUUGGGCUGAAUCGUUUUGACAAACUAAGUCUUAUUCGAUUUACGCUCACCGUGAAAAAGAAUUACCGUCGAGUACCCUAUCACAAUUGGACACAUGGCUUUUCAGUUGCAAACACAAUGUACAGCAUAUUGAAGCGCUCAAAGGGUGUCUUCAAAUCCACUGAAUGUUUAGCCCUUUUUAUUGGAUCCUUGUGUCAUGAUCUGGAUCAUCGUGGGAAAAACAACAAGUUCAUGUUGGACACUGAGUCUCCAUUGGCAGCUAUGUACAGCACAUCGACUAUGGAGCAUCAUCACUUUAACCAGACCGUGGCAAUUCUGCAGCAAGAGGGCCACAACAUCUUCGGAAAGCUCUCCAACACGGAGUACAAGCAAGUUCUGGGCCUCGUCAAACAUUGCAUCCUUGCGACGGAUCUGGCUCUCUUUUUCCCCAACAAAGCCAAGUUAUCCCAAUUGGUGGCUGAGGACAAGUUUUCCUGGAGUAUCCUCGAGCACCGACUCCUCAUUCAGGCCAUUGCCAUGACGGCCAGUGACCUUUCGGCUUCGGCUAAACCCUGGGACAUCCAAGUGGAGACCGUUAAGGUCAUCUUCGAGGAAUUCUACCAACAAGGCGAUGCCGAACGUGCUGCCGGUCGCCAACCAAUGGCCAUGAUGGAUCGCAAUAAACCCGACGAACAAGCCAAUUCUCAAGUGGGCUUCAUUACGGGCAUUUGCAUCCCAUGCUAUUCCCUCCUGCAGCACCUCAUCCCCGACACACAGCCCCUCCUUGACAUGUGUCAGCAAAACCUUGACAGGUGGCAAAAGCUCGCAGACGAGGUGCGUCAGGGCAAGUCUAUCAACGUCUUGCAACUCAAUCGCGAUUAGUGACCUCAGCAAAAAUAAAUGGGAUCAAUCUCCUCGCACGAUUAACCCCCUUGUGAGCACUAUCUGUUUCACCCUCUCCCAAAAUCUCCUCCCAUUUACGUCACUCCCCAUAGAGUAUGAUAACAAAAAAGGAAGUGGCUCACAGUAAAAUAAAAAAAACAGGUGUUGAUGGGAAAAUUACACGCACGGAACUUGUUAUUAAGCAGUUUGUUUCUUUUUUUGUUUAAUGUGUCAAAGGAUCUGAAAAAUAACCUAUGCAGACAAAGUGAAAAAUCCAAAAUCGUUUCCUUAAACUGGGAAUGGUCAAACACUAUUUUUAUUAAGAUAUUUAAGCUUCGAAAAUUCAUUAUUGGUGUUAGAUGCGUUACUGGCUCAAAAAUACUUAGAGAUAGAGAGACAACACAGAAAAAAAUAUUUUGUAAAAUUGUUCGUAAAUGUUUGUGAAAUCCUAUGGCAGACUUACGAAAUGCUCGUGAAUCAUAUAACCCACAAACAAGUUCGUAAAAUUUUGUACUUUUUUCACAAACAUUGUUCGUAAAAUGAUCAUAUGACGAACGUUUUUUGUAUUUUACAAACAUUUGUUCAUAAAUGUUCGUAAACACACAAAAAAUUUUCGUAAAAUUUUGCUAUUUGUUCGUAUUUGGUCGUAAAUUUUUGCCAGACAAACAAAAAUUUACGAACAAAUACGAACAAAUGACAAAAUUUUAUGAACAUUUUUUUGUGUGUUUACGAACAUUUACGAACAAAUGUUUGUAAAAUACAAAAAACGUUCGUCAUAUGAUCAUUUUACGAACAAUGUUUGUGAAAAAAGUACAAAAUUUUACGAACUUGUUUGUGGGUUAUACGAUUCACGAGCAUUUCUUAAGUCCUCCAUAGAAUUUCACAAACAUUGACGAACAAUUUUACAAAGUAUUUUUUUCUGUGUAUGAAAAAAAUUUAUUUGGGAAACCUGGGGUAAAAUGUGGCAAAUCGCACAUCAUGUGCUCUUUGUGAAGACCUUAAACUUUUGUAUUAAAGAGAGAUUUUUUUCGAUUUAGUGCAGAAUCGCAUUGACAGUAAAAUGCUCACCGUAUUUCAUUAAUUUACGCAUUUUCAAUGCAAUUCUUACGCAAAUUCUCUAUUACCGUAUUACCUUAUCUCAUACUCGGUGGCCCUAGGUGAAAAUAAUACAAGAAAAUUGAAGAAAUAAAACGAAAAUGCGAUAAGCGGUGAGCAAACAAAAACUGUACGAUUACAGUUUUUUUGCUCACCGUUUAUCGAAUUUUCGUUUUAUUUCUUAAAUUUUCUUAUAAUUAUUUUCACCUAGUGCCACCGAAUAUGAGAUAAGGUAAUACGGUAAUGCAAAAUUUACGUAAGGUGUUUCUACCCUUAAUGAAAAUGUGAAAACAAGUCGUUUCGUAAAAGUUGCUUUAUUGGCAAACAGAAAGUUCUUCCGUUAAUUUAAAAAAGAUAGGAAAGGAGAACUAGAGAUAAUUGUGGGUCGAGUAGGGGAGACAGGGGAAGAAUUAGCCAGCAAAUGAAAUUUGUCUUUGAUAAUAAUUUGUGAAAAACAUGUUUGAAUCAGAUUGAUAAAUAAUUCAAUAAAUGCUCAAUAUUCUCUUUAAGGAAAACUAUAACACCCCACUGUCUAGUUUAAUUCUACCUUAGACUAUUUCUGCCCCAGUCUUCCCUACAUAUCAUUCAAUAUUAGAUUUUGAAUCCAUGCCUUCCAACACAUUUGUGAAAAGAAAUUCAAGGGAGAUAUUUUUUUAGAACAUCCUAAAACAAUCAAUGAAUUCAUGUUUAGUAGAUCCAAAUUAUACUGGAUACACUAAGCAAUAAAUUGUGAAAAAUCAUUAAAAAAUUGAAAAAUAUGUUUUUGAUAUUUUUUGUAAGGAAAAUAUUUUAAAAAAGAGAACUCAAAACUACAGCAAUUAUUUUCAAUUUUCCUUGCUCGUAUCCUUUUAAAUUUUCAUCUUAUCACAUUUUACCCCACACUUCUCUAAUAUUAAAAGUCUGAUUUAUAUUUAAGAAUCUAUUGGGACCAAUGCUUAAAAAAAUAAGCAAGAGAGCAAAUGGAGAUUCUGUAUUAUGGCAAAAUAUAUUUCUAAUCAUAUUUAAUUUCUCACUUCAAAAAAAUCACAAAAAGUAUCCAGAAUCCUUACUCAGGAUAUUAAAUGUUGUACUAGGAUAAAAUAAUAAAAAUUUGGAAGCUAUGAUGAAGUCAAGUUAUAAAAAAAUGUCUGGCUUCGAAAAGGGGUAUAAUAACAAGAUCUUACUCUAUUUUGCUCAAAAAUUAAAAGCUUAAUUUGAGGAUAUUGCACACAAGCGAGUGAAGUAUAACUAUAUCUUCCCGUUUACUAAAACUUCCAUAAAUAUGUUGAGAAUAUUGUUAACAAUCUAAGAGAAUUUAUUUUUGAGUUCUUUUUAUAAUAAAUCCUAUUGAGGGUGUGAAAUACAUUUUAAAGGACGGGACCAUUUAAUCACAUCCAGAGGUCAAAUUCAUCAAGUUAGUCAGGCAAGACAAUCAGUUUAAUUUUUCUAAGUUUCAGCACUUGAUGUAUGCCAGAAUUUAAAGUGUUUACUUUUGUUUUACGAAAUUAUUAAAUGGCGUAAUAAUGAGUAGUUCAAUUAGUUUAAACAAACCAAAAAAAUACCAAAGAAAUGUAAAAUCGGAACUUUUUUUUUAAAGAUUUUUCUUCAAAAGCAAAAAUCAGUAGCGGAGACAAGGCGUUUUAAAGUUUUCGAUUUUCGUCUGAGAUUGUUUGUAAAUUUGCUCGGGUCUCCUUUCUUUUCGUGACUACAUUUUCAAAAAUAACCUACAUAGUAAGGUGGGGUAACUGGUUCAUUUUCCGAAGAGUGCUACUUAAACGCUUGUUUUUGGACUGAUGAAAUUCUUUUUUAUUUCUUCUAAAUCCAUAGAAUUAUUCACUGUUUCAUUCAGAAACAUAAUAAAAAAAAAUUAUCAAAAAUAUUAAAGAAAAUUUAUAAAAUAAUGAUAAUACUGAAAUAAAUCAGCAUGCACUAACUGGGUCGCCUUUUCGCUAAUUCACUUUUAAUUAAACCUUUGGAUUUAAAAUACUUUUUUCACAAGGAAAAAACAAUAAAUGUUUUCAAUCAACCAGCUGCCAUUAGCGAAAAUAUCACUGCUAGAAAAUUUUUAGUGAAGAACCCAGCUGGCACAAGAUUGAAAUGAGUCGCUUACACUCACUUAUUUAAUGGAUAAAAAUAUUAUUUUUGCUUUUUCUCAAACUUGAAUAGUUAUAUUAUGUUACUUUAGUGACUAUAUUACAGAAAUAAAAUUAAAAAUAUUAUUUUAAGUGGAUUAGUCAUAAACAAUCCAGAUAGCGAAGCGCCCGGAUUAGCAUACUUGACUAUAAAAGGGUUUUGAAAUUUUUUGGUAUAUUUUUAGAUAAUUUAUCUAACGAUUUAAAACUUAAGCACUAAAAACAUGUUUUUUCCUUAUAAUGCCCAGCGCACAAUAACUUUUGUUUGUAAACAUGUUUUCAAAAUUUUCUAUAUAAUGGGCAACGCACAAUAACUUUUGCUUAGUAAACAUGUUUUUGACAUUUAAAUGAGAGUGAAUGAGAUCUACGUCUAGUCAUCUCGCUCAUUCUCAUGGGAAAUUUUGAAAACAUGUUUACAAACAAGUUAUUGUGCGCUGGUCAUAAGUGUGAGCGAGAUAACUAGAUCUAGAUCUCACUUACUCUCAUUGAAAUGUCAAAACCAUGUUUACAAAACAAAAGCUAUUGUGCGCCGAGCAUAAUUUAAAACUUCCCCUCCCCUUAACAUAAUUUGUCCUUCUAUGUUUCCGAAAGAACUUUUCAAAUGUAUGAUUUUUGUUUUUAAAUUAUUCAAUAUUUAGGCUUUGUUGUAUUAAUUGAAAACGAAAAAAAACUUAAAAAGAUAUACUUGGGCCGCAAAAUUUAAUAUAAAUUCGCUUAAAACAUAAAUAAUGUUUUCACAUUAAAAAUUUAAUGAGAAUCGCAAUCAUAUGAAAUUUUUGCUGAUUGUUAUUUGAAUUAUUAUCCCAGUAUCAUACGUUUUCAUAAAAAAAAUAAUACAUUUAUUUUAAUUGUAUUGAAUUUAUAUUUUCAUUUUAUUUUGAUCCUUUUCACUUCCUAUGAUGCAUUCACCGCCAUUUCAGCGUUGAUAUACCAACCUCCAGGAACAAAUAGUGGAACUGUUUCUUCCUGGAUUUACAAUAGACAGAAAAAUAUUUCGUAAGUGUUUGUGAAUUCCUACCGUAAUACGAAAUACGAAAUGCUCGUAAAUCGGAUAACCCACUAAAAAGUUCGUAAAAAUUUGUAAUUUUUUCACAAACUUGAAGAGCGUUUAGUGUUCUUUUAUACAAACAUUUGUUCGUACAUUUUUGUUUGUCAGGCAUAAAUUUACGAACAAAUGACAAAAUUUUACGAAUUUUUUUGUGUUUACGAACAUUUAUGAAAAAAUGUUUGUAAAAGUACAAAAAAAUCUUGUCAAAUGAUCGUCUUAGGAAAAAUGUUUGUGAAAAAGUACAAACUUUUACGAAUGUUUGUGGGUUACACGACUUACGAGCAUUUCAUAAGUCUCCAAUAGAAAUUGACAAACAUUUACGAAAUAUUUUUUUCCUGCGAUUAACAUAUUUUCUUCAUACAGUGCUGUCUCGCUAUAUGCAUAGUUUGGGUACUUUUUUUGACAGUUCUCUCUCUGAAUAUGCACAACUUUUUUUGAAAUUCCCAACGGUUUUUCUCCUUCUUUUAAUAAAUUAUUAUUUUUUUUUUAUUGUUUUAGAAUUUCCCGUGUUAUUUUAACUAUAAUAUGAGACAGAAAAAAUAAAAUUAAGAUAAUUAAAAACGAGAAAUAUUAGUUACCAAGAAAAUAAUUUUCUUUAUUGCUUUGUCAAAAUGUAAACAAAUUGAUUUUGAAUGCAACCGACACAAAAGCUGUGCAUAUAGAGAGACAGAACUGUAAUUUAACACUUUUCAGGUGUAAAAAUAUAUCAACAUUUUUUAAUGUUAAUUUUACAGCUUUUUAAGGGUAAAAUUGACAUGAAAAAGGGUAACUUUAAUCCCUAAUACACCUAAAAAGCAUAAUAUUUACACCGAUUUCGGAUCAAUACUGCAGGGUAAAAUAAACAUUUCCGGAAUGUUAUUUUAACUUUUUCGGAUUUCUCUCAGUGUUACUGUGUUAUCACACUUGCACAUUAAAAUUUUAACAUGAUUCACAUUAAUUGUCGCUGAUGAGAGUCCAAAUGUGUAAUUUGUGUGUUUGAAUCAUUUAAUAUGCAAAAUUUGAUCUAUUUGUUGAUAAAAAGGUAGACUUGGCCCGCAAAAUUUGAUAUAAAUUCAUUUAUAGCAUUAAUGCAAAAAAUUAAUGCGAUUUUCUCUUUAAUUUUUUAAUGUGAAAAAUAUUUAUGCUUUAGGUAAAUUUAAACUUAUUUUUGCAGGCCAAGUCCACUUCUUUAUCAAUAAAUAGAAAAACCCCAAAUAUUAAGUGACUCAGAGACACAAAUAACAUAUUUGGACCCUCACAAGCGACAAUUAAUGUGAAUCACAUUAAAAUUUUAAUGUGCAAGUGUGAUAAUGCCGUUAGGACGAUAAUGACGAUAAUUGAUAAUGACGUGAUAAUUAUUUGUAAGUCUCUUAGGAAAAAAUAAAGAAAAUUCAUAACUGUAUGAACGUUCGAAGGGAGAAUAUUUUUCCCUAAUUGCUUAAGGCCAAUAUAAAUCAUUUUUGCUGGCAAAUUCUAUUAAGCUUUAUCAAUAAAUUGAUCAAACUCUAAAUGUGAAGUGAUUCAAAAAUACAAAUUAUACAUUUGAACGCAUCUGACGCACAUUAGGGCCAAAUUAUUGUGAAACCUACUAAAAUUCUUAUGAAAACGUGUGAUACUGGAAUAAUAAUUCAAAUAGUAAUCAGCAAGAAUUUCGUCUGAUUGUGAUUAUGAAUUUGACCUCAGGAUUGCAGAAAUUGUUUUGUGCUAAAGUAUAGCAUUAUACGAAACUUAGAAGGUGUUAUAAUAGCACAAUAUUCCAAUGAAAGUAAAAUAAAAAAAAAAUAAAAUAAAGAGCUACCUAUAGCAUUCUGCAGGUGUUUCUUCCCAUCUCAAUUUUUAAAUCACCUUUAAAAAGCUUUUAGAAAAAUCAUUAAAAUUUUGAAUCAACCUUUCCUUACGAAUCUUUUACACUUUUUUUGUUUUAUAUCUUUCUAAAUUUUGACAUAAAGGGAGCAUAAAUCUUUACCACAAAUAAAAGUGUUGCUAUGAAAAUUUUACAAUUUUUCAAGGAGAGGAUGCUGAUACUUUAUAUUUUAUCUUACAGUCAACCAACAUUUUCAUGUUGUAAAGGUUCAAAUUAUUCUUAUAGCCAGUUUUAAAAUAAAAAAAUGGGCUAUAUUGUUAGUAUCAACAGAUAUUAAUGCCAUAUAUCUGUGAAACAAACUUACUUAAUUGGGCCAUUUAUAAAAUCUAAUUGGAUAUAAAGUUGAUUUUGCGCGUCAUUUACCGACCAACACCUGUUACUGUGUAGAAUAUAGAGAGAAUGAUAUGUGAGUAUUAAUUUCCGGUAUCUGUGUAAUUUUUUUUGUGUAGUUUGUUUAUCAGGUAAAGUACUUUGCACUAGUUUUUAAGGGGUGGUCAACUAAAGAAAUCUGAGAGGAUAAAAAACAACAAAUAAUUCUAAAAUUUCAGCAAAAUUCAAUGUUCUUUAUUUACUUUUUUUUAUCUAUUUUUUCGGCCUAACCCAAUUGACUGGCAAAUUGCACACCCCUUCCCCUCUCCCCUAUUAUUUACUACAGCUCUGUAUGCAUGACGAACAAUAAACCCAAAGAAUAAUUCUCCUACAAAGAAAACGAAUUAAACUAGUUUACUCAUCAAUUUCUAUAUUUGCAGUGUAAUUUAAAUUUCCUCAAUCAAUAUCACAAAUUCAUUAUUUUUAAAUACUUCUUUCGUAUAAGUCGUAGCAAAAGGACAAAAAAAAAUAAAAAUGAAAGUCUUUAUCAAAUACUUGGAUGUGUGUCUGUGACAUAGAAUUUAGAAUUGUAUAAAUGUUCUGGUAUCGAUAUAUAUAAAAGUUUUAGCGUGUUUUAAUGAAAAGAAGAAAAAAAAUGUAUUAUAUGUUUUGUUCUUUUUUUCUCUGUUUUAUAUGCAUAACAAUAAUAAAAUGUGGACCGCA